AGGAAAAACACCUGAACAGAGACGUCCUUCUCUCAGAGACAUCCACCUGCACCAGUCACAGAGGUGUCCUUCUCUCCGAGACAUCCACCUGCACCAGUCACAGAGGUGUCCUUCUCUCCGAGACAUCCACCUGCACCAGUCACAGAGGCGUCCUUCUCUCAGAAACAUCCACCUGCACCAGUCACAGAGGCGUCCUUUUCUCCAAGACAUCCACCUGCACCAGAAGGGGUGACAACAGAGGAGCAACUCCAGAGCUGUCUGACAGGCCCUCAGUGAUGACUCUGCUUCUCAUUACCACACUGCUGUUCUCAGGUCUGUGCAGUCUCUCCUCCUGUGUGCCACGUCAGUUCCAUGUGGUGAAGGGGGAAAAGAACUGGACAGAAGCUCAGCGCUACUGCAGAGAGGAGUUCACUGACCUCGCCACCAUAGACAACAUGAGGGAGAUGGAGAUAUUAAACAGCACAAUGAGAGAAGCAGGUGCUGCACAUGCUUGGAUUGGGCUGAAGCAUGGAAGCCGUCCUAAGUGGCAGUGGUCCUUGGCUGACAAGAAUUUCUAUAGAAAGAAUGAGGAAAAGUUCAGGAAGUGGGUCUCAGGCCAGCCACAAGGACCUGAUAAGAACUGCGCUGUGAUGAAAGGAAAUGGAACAUGGUACAGUAGGAGUUGUGAUGAAACCAAGCACUUCAUCUGCUAUGAUGGUGAGAAGCCUUCUUACUCACUCACUCUUGAGUACAGGCAGCUAAACUAUGCAAUUAACCAUGACACAUGCAUUACCACAGGGAGAAACUCCACACAUCCCUAUGUGCUGGUUACUGCUAUUAAUAAGAACUGGGCAGAUGCUCAGAGAUACUGCAGAGAGAAACACACAGACCUGGCCAGUGUGAGGAAUGAGGCAGAGAAUGAGAAGAUAAUGAAGGUCCUAGGGUCUGACUCUGAAGCCUGGAUUGGCCUGUUCAGAGAUGCCUGGGAGUGGUCAGACGGCAGCACCUCCUCAUUCCGCCACUGGGGAACUGGAGAACCCAAUUAUGGACCCUCGGGUGCGUUCUGCACUCGAAUUACUUCCAGUGGUCAGUGGAACGAUGUAGUCUGUGAGCAUGGUUCAAACCUAAUUUGCUAUGAGGAAAAACUGGUUCUGGUUCUGGUUCGUGAGAAUAAGACCUGGAAAGAGGCGCAGCAGUACUGCAGAGAGCACCAUGUGGACCUGGUGUCUGUGACCUCCGAGCGGAUCCAGCGCUGGGUGAGGGAGCGGGCUAAAGGAGCCUCCAGUACUCACGUGUGGAUGGGCCUGCAACACUCCUGCUACAUGGGCUUCUGGUUCUGGGACAACGCAGAGACGGUCUGCUACAGCAACUGGGCCCCAGGGGGAGAGACAGAGCCGGACUGCACAGAUGGACUGGAGCAUCAGAGUGCCAGAGUGGGGGCAGUGAAGUCUGGGGGAGACGGGGAGGGAGAGUGGGUCAUGCUUCCAGAAACCGAGGAACUCAACUUCAUCUGCACCACUGAGGCUCAGUAGGACUGGAUCCUCCUCUGCCCAGAGCCUCCAAACCCC